AUGCAAAAUAUUCCAAAAGUACAAUUUGUACUUUUCAGAGACAAAGAUAAUAAUUCUAAGAAAAAUUAUAAUCAUCCAAACAAUGAAGAUGUAACUAAAUCAUUUCUACCUGAGAAUAUCUUUGAUAUUGAUAAUAACCAAGAAUAUAAUAAUGAAGUAACUAAAAGAAAUUUUAUUACAAGUCUUAAUUUAUCAGAUAAUAUAAGAAGUGAUGAAGAACAUCAAAUUAAUAAUAAUUCAGAUCAAGAUUUUAUCAUUAAAUGUAGAAAUCCAAUACUAAAAAGUGAAUCACAUACCUCUAGAUCAUCAAGCUUAAUUCCACUACUCUUAAAACGUAAAAAUCAAAAACAAAAUGAAGCAAAUGACUCUUUAUCUAAGACAUCAUCUGAAUUAGUAUACUUAAAAGAAUCUAAAAUACCUAUAGAUUCAUUUGGGAUGGCAAUGUUAAAAGGUAUGGGCUAUGACCCUUCUAUACAUAAAACAAGACCUAAAUUAUACAAAAAGCGAACAUAUGAUCAAGGAGGUUUAGGUAGUGAUCUUAUAAUUGAUUCAUUAUUUCAAGAUAAUUUAGAUUUAUGGAUUAUGCCUAAACUAAUUGUUAAAGUUAUUUCACGGAAAUAUGGCAAUCAUUUAUAUAAUAAUCUUGUAAUUAUACAUUCAAUUCAUUAUAGUAACACUGAUUCAGAAUGGUAUGCUAGAGUAUUGGGACCUUAUAAUAAUAUUAAUGAAUUACUUAAAAAUUCUAUUUAUAUUCAAGAUCUUAUUGAAUAUAUAAAUAAUUCAAAUGAUAUAAAUGAUUUAAAUAAUACUAAGAUUCUUAAAUUAAGUAAUGAAUAUAAUACUUCACAAAUUAAUAGGCAAAUAAACAUAAUUGUAAUUAAACAAAAUCAUCUAUCUCCUUUUAAGUCAACUACCUACUGUAAACAAAUCGAAAUUAAAAAAGGUAAAUAUGUCAAUUUUAAGUGUUGUAUCUUAUGA